AUGUCGGUAGAUAAGCCCUCGCUACCAGGUGGGCCAGCGCACUUGGUCAGCUCCGGGAUGGACGAGAGGAUAGCGCGGAUGUCGAAAAUACUGUCUACCUCCUCCGGAGUGGAUGCGACCUUGACCUUCGUCGGCUACGGACUCUUCCUCGUCGGCUCCCAAGUCUCCAAGCUCGAGUCCCUCGCACUGCCAGCCCUUUCCCGCCGCAACACCUCCCCCUCCUCCCAAAAAUCCCACGCCAAUGCCCCCCUUCUCCUCAAGCUCGCCGCCCUCGCCUCGGGCGCAAAGAACCUCGCCGCCAUGUGCGCCGAUGUCCGGACCUUCACGCGGCUGUGGGGCCUGCUGGGCGUCUACGCCAUGGCCAGGAGGCAGUACCUGGAACCCGCGAGUGACGCGCUGACGCGCGCCGUGACGUGCACGCAGACGCUUUCGCUGGGCCUGUACUACUUCUACGAGAACGCGUACUACCUGGCCGGCAAGGGGGUGCUGCAGGGCUGGACGCGGGAGGACAUUGGGCGCUGGGCCCGCGUGAGCAUGAGGCUGUUCCUGGCGUAUGUGGCGAUGGAGUACGUGCGCCUGUACCGGGCGAGACAGUUGCGGCUGGCGAGGAAGCAGCGGGCGAUGGUUCGGGGGGUUAGCGAUGCGGAGAGGAGGGAGUUUGCGGCCGAGGAGGCGGCGUGGACAAAGACGGCGCUGAUCAAUGUUGCCUAUACGCCGUUGUGUCUGCACUGGGUCUCGGAGAAAGGGAUGUUGAGUGAUGGCGUUGUUGGGGCCUUGAUGUCGUAUGUGGGCUGGAUCAAGGUCAAGGGCGCCUGGGCUGCGACUGCUUGA